AUGCACAGGACAAUCAGCCAGCCCGUUGACGUGACCGACUUACCCGCAGAGCCCACCUUCACCGUCCGAAUCUAUAGCGAGGUCAAGAGCAAGGCGAUCUGGCUUGGGUUUGCGGUGGGCCCCACGUGGGAGGACUCCCCGGGCGCAUGGGGCCACGCGUUGGCGAUCAAAGUCGCACCCGCGGGCGCGCAAGUGCGUGCGCCGCGAAUCCCGGCGUUCCGGGGGCCCCGCCCAUCAGCUUGGGGCCAUCGCCCCGCGGCCCCCCCGGCCGAAGCAACCGCGCCGCCGGCCCCUGCCUCAACCAAUCGAGCACGCCCCCCGUCCAGGCCGACUUACCCCAUCGCCGGCUCGGUCCCAUCGGCUUUGCCCUGCAGGCACCUGCGCUUUUCCAACGCUGGUCAAUCAUUCACAUCCUCUUUGAUCCGGGGAAUCGUUUUUCCACUCGAUCAAUCGGCCCACGAUUUCGGCUUAAAGGCUGCCUACAGUUUCUCCCAUUUGAUCAACCCCCAUAUCGGGGCCUGA